AUGACUGUGAUGGCAUUUAUAAGGCUUUAUUUUUGUGCAGUGUUGUUCUUUUUCGCUACCUAUACAACAUCACAGCUGAAUGUAGGACCUGAAUUGUCUAUCCUAUGCCCAAGUCUUGUAAAGAAGGUCUGGAAACAUUAUGCUCCUAGAGGUGGAAGUAAAGCAGGCACUUUCAGUAUUUGUAAACAAUCUCCUACUCUGCAGCAAUGUGUAGAAGAAUGCUGUGGGGAACAGAAUUGCAAUGUUGUUUUCAUGUUCAACUCCACAUGCUUCAAGAUUGCAUGUGAAAAUGAUGAACUGUGUGAACCUGUUAUCAGGGAUGACCCCAAAUUUACCUUGUCAAGUAUGGUUCUUGUUCGACCUACUAUUCAGUCAUCUCAAUUUGAAGAUGUGACUGAUAAUAAUGACAGUGAUGAUUUGGUGAUGGCUGCAUCAGAUAAUGUAAAUAUCAGGACAUGCGAACCAGAUGACUGUGGACCUCAUGAAAUAUGCGUGCCUUCUAAGAAUUCUGAAACAAAUGUUUGUACGUGUCAACCAGGUUAUGAAAGAAACGCUUUAAACAUAUGUGUUCCAAGCAUUGGAAAUUCAAGUGAUUUUCCAAAACAUCCAAAAUUGACUUCUACAAUUAUAUCUCCUCUUGGCAAUGUUAAGUUGCAACUCAGCAGCUCUCAGACGGAAGAAGAUAAAUCUGUCUCGCCUACACCAACACCUAAUGAGAUCAUAACUGUAUCGGUGAUAUCAAAACAAGUUCGUUUACCUGAGGAUGAAGUUACAUUAUCUGCAUUUACAGUGCCUGCUGAAACAUCUGAUACUUAUAACUAUAAAUGGGAACUGUUAACUCAACCAAAUGGUAGUACAAAUACUGUUGUCGAGAAAAAUGGAGGGAGAUUAAAACUUAAAAAUCUGACUGAAGGGCUUUACACAUUCAAAGUAACCGUCACAGGCCCAGGUGUUUCUGGAACUCAAACAGCGAAUGUUACUGUUUUACCACAAAAGAGAGACAAUGAUCCACCGAUAGCAAUAGUUUUACCCCCUCAUCAGACAGUAAAAUUGCCUACGUCUUUGGCGGUUCUGGACGCUUCCUCAAGUAAGGAUGAUAAUGGUAUUGUCAAAUACCAUUGGGAUCUUCAGCAAGGACCAUUGGGGUAUCAACCAAACCUCAGUGAAACACAAACACUACAGCUUAAAAACCUUCAUAAAGCAGGAAAUUAUACAUUCAAGCUGACAGUAACAGACACUGAUGGAGCGAUAAAUUCAACCAUCGCUAAUAUAACAGUUUUAGAAGUUCCAGAUUAUCCGCCAGAAGCGAAUGCUGGUCCUUCGAUUGUUAUAUACCUUCCAAAAAAUAAUAUUACUCUCAACGGUAACUUAAGUACAGAUGACAAGGGAAUAGCUUCUUGGGAAUGGACCAAAAGUCCGGGCGAUCAGGACAAAGCCGUUGAUAUGCAGAACACGCAUACACCAUACCUCCAACUGUCUCAUCUGGAAGAAGGAAUGUACACGUUUGUUUUGAAAGUUACCGACGAUGCAGGACAGUCUUCAAGUAGUGAUGUCCAUGUCUUCGUCAAACCUCCCACCAAUAAACCUCCAAUUGCCAGUGCAGGAGAAAAUGUAACAAUUGCCCUUCCUAGGACUUGGACGAUGCUUAACGGUUCUCAAAGCUCAGAUGAUAUAGGAAUAGUUAAAUGGUACUGGGAACAAAUCAGUGGUCCCAGAAAGGCUGUUUUAGAAUCGGCCAAUUCAACCCAAACCAAUGUAACAAAUUUAACGAAAGGAGAUUACUUGUUUCAGUUAACAGUUACAGAUGAAAAUGAUAAUUCUGCUUCAUCGUUUGUUGCUGUUUCUGUUACCCAAAACAAGAACGCUCCUCCAAAAGCGAACGCUGGCGGAGAUCAAACUUUUGUUAUGCCAGUUGCCGUGAUGGCGUUGAAUGGAUCUGAAUCUAGUGAUGACCUAGGUAUAGCCAAAUGGCAAUGGUCAAGAGAGCCUUCUAGCUUAGCUCUUGGAAAAAUAAUUGAUGGCUCGGAUACGACUCCUGUGUUAAUGGUAACAAACGUGAUACCUGGCCGUUACGAGUUUAAACUACGGGUUACAGAUGACCAGGGGGAAUCAGAUGAAGAUACCGUUUCCAUUAUUGUCAAACCGGAUCCUGAAAUGAUGAACUUGGUAGAAUUGACACUAAACAUCGAAGCAAGCAAGUUGAGUGAAAGCCAGAAAGACUCUGUCCUCGUCAAACUUGGGAUGUUGCUUCGAGACGCUUCUCGCUUGGUCGUUAGAGAUGUCAGGACUGACCAAACAAGACGAGCUGUUCUCAUCUUCUUUGUGACGGGCCCUGCAGGAUCAGUUCCCGGACCAGAAGUUGUCAGGACACUGAGUAGUAAACUUGCUCAAGACUCGUUCUUAUUGCAAAUAUCCGUCGUUAACAUACAGACCACUAUUUGUCAAAACAACUGUUCAGGUCAUGGUGUCUGCGACCAGGAAACCAGGCAGUGCUUUUGCGAAGCUUUUUGGAUGCAGGACAUGAUACAGAAAUAUAUUGGAGAUGGAGAAUCUAACUGUGGUUGGAGCAUCCUGUAUGUAGGGAUAGCUCUUUUAAGUCUCCUACUACUGGCAAUGAGUGGUAUCUGGGGUAUCAUAUGUCUUUGUUCAAGGCUAUGCCAUCCACGGACACCUAAUGAUAAAACUCGUUAUGCUCUUCUGGAAAGUACAGAGCAAGUUAGAUUGCCAAUGACUAAAGACACUCUUUCCGAUAGUGAAACAGAUUCAGACGUUCUUUUUGAAAAUCGUCAUGGAAAAUCUAAUGGUGUUAAAAGAAACGGCUUUAAUAAGCCAGAGAGAAGGGUAAAAACUUAA